AUGGCCAAAAAGGCACGGAGGACGGCAAAGAAAAGCUCCGCAAAGAAGAAUCAGAGCACAGCCUCGAUGGCGAAGAGCGAGCCUACGACUGAGCCUGUCCAAAAGGGCUUGGGUGCUACCAAGCGCGGAAGCUUGGAAUUGAUAGGCACACUGGUCGUCGGUGCCAUUUUGACCACCCUGGUCGUUGCGCAUGGCGUAACCAGCCCAGCCUACCGUAAAACCUCGCAUAUCAUGGAGCAUGUAUGGUCCCUGGGCGAGGCCACAGGCUUGUACAAGCGGCCGACCGCGGCAGCUUGGCACGCUAUCGCUCGCCAGGUACACACCUUUACGCGAUCAUGCUUCUUCCUAUCAGGUGCUGUGUCCAGUGACGAAACGAAGCCGUGGUCCGCCGUUCGCUCUAUGUGGGAUGCAUCCGUGCCCCUCGCCCAAUACCAACGCAGUUGGGGCGACGUGUACUUUGCCCUGACGUGGGGCAUGAUCUUGUACAUGAUUCGCACAGUACUUACCCACCUUGUACUCCUACCUGUAUCGCGGAUCCUCGUCAAGCGACCUGACUCGAAACUCUCACCAGCUAUUCAACAGCACCGUUUCGAAAGGAAAGUUUGUCGUUUUGCCGAGCAGAGCUGGAUCGUGAUACUGUACACCACCUCGUUGGUGAUGGUCAUGAGCGUGGUUGUCAAGAUGCCUUUCUGGCCAACCAAGCUCGAAUUCUUGUGGCGUGAUUAUCCUCAUACGACCAUGGAUGCGCUAACAAAAGUUGUGUAUCUAUGGGAAGCCUCGAAUUACGUGCACCAACUCUUUGUGAUCAACUUGGAAGAACGCCGCUCCGACUUUUGGCAGAUGCUAAUCCACCAUAUCGUGACACUCUUUUUGAUUGGUGGCUCGUUCACUGCCAGUUUCUACCGCGUUGGCUACGCAAUUUUAGCGCUCAUGGACCCGGCAGAUGUGUGUCUGGGCACCGCUAAGCUGCUCAAGUACAUGGGAUGGCAGACUGUAUGCGAUAUUAUGUUUGGCGUAUUUAUGGUGGUUUGGACCAUUACACGUCAUAUCCUGUACGCUGUCGUUUGGUAUUCAUGCUACCGUGAUGCGCCGGCUGUCAUUUCGUUUAAGACGUCGGUGGAUCUGGCGUCAGGUCAUAUGCUUACGCAGACUACGUACACUGUCUUCCUAGUCCUUCUGGGCGUGCUACAAUUCAUCCUGCUGAUUUGGUUCGGCAUGAUCGUAAAUGUGGCAGUGCACGUGCUGACCAAAGGCAAGGCAGUGGAUUCACGAAGCGAUCAAGACUCCGACUCGGACUAA